GUUCUGUUUUGUAAAAUGGAUGCACCUUAUAGACAUAUAAAUGCUAUAAUACAAGUUUUAGGUACAUUGCAAACGUGCAAAGAAAUAGAAGAAGUUACUUAAACUUACCAGAUUUUUGUUAUAAACAUGGUAAAGGAACAAUUCAGAGAGACAGACGUCGCAAAGCGAAUAAGCCAUUUGGAGUUUGGGGUUUUCUCACCAUCAAAUAUGCAGCAAAUUGCUCACAUCCAAUGCGUCACUAAAAACUUGUAUACACCUGAGAAUGUUAGGAAACCAGCACCUUAUGGAGUUCUUGAUCCACAACUGGGUGUUAGUAACAAAGAUCGAAGAUGUACCACAUGUGGUAAACAACUUGCAGAAUGUGUUGGACAUUAUGGUUAUGUUGACCUGGAACUGCCUGUAUUUCAUGUUGGCUAUUUCAAAGCAACCAUUGCAAUAUUACAAUGUAUAUGUAAGCGUUGUAGUCGUGUAUUGCUCAUGUCAAGCGAGAGAAAGUUGUAUUUAGAGGCAUUGCGACGUCCUGCACUUAGUAACCUUGCACGGAAAGGAAUAUUAAAAAAGAUCAAUACAAAAUGUCGAAAGACAGCCAAUUGUCCCUAUUGUGAAGAGUUGAAUGGAAAUGUCAAGAAAGUGGGCAUGAUGAAAAUAGUUCAUGAGAAAUAUAAAACGACAAAAAAACUUUUACCUCCUGCAAUAUCUGAGUUUCGAGCAGGUUUUCUUACAGCCGUUCAGCACAACAAAGAACUGGAAUCUUUAGUUAAUAAAGCUCAGGAAAUAUUGAAUCCACUAAGAGUUCUAACACUUUUUAAAGAUAUACUUGAUGAGGAUUGUCCACUGAUUGGAAUGCGUCCUAAUGUUUCUCGACCAGAGAAUCUCAUAUUAACAAGAGUAGUAGUUCCCCCCGUUUGCAUCAGACCGUCAGUCAUCAGUGAACUUAAGUCAGGCAGUAACGAAGAUGACAUCACUAUGAAAUUAACAGAGAUUAUCUUCCUUAAUGACGUCAUACGUAAACAUCGCUCCAGUGGCGCUAAAAUUCAGAUGAUCGUCGAAGACUGGGAUUUUCUUCAGCUUCAAUGUACCCUUCAUAUCAACAGCGAGACCACCGGUAUCCCUUUGAGUAUGCAGCCGAAGAAAGCAACGAGAGGAUUCGUUCAAAGAUUGAAAGGCAAACAAGGUCGUUUUCGUGGUAAUCUGUCUGGAAAACGUGUUGAUUUUUCUGGACGAACCGUCAUAUCUCCGGAUCCGAAUUUACGCAUUGAUCAAGUCGCUGUUCCUAUUCAUGUUGCGAAAAUCUUAACUUACCCUGAAAAGGUGACAAAAGCGAACAUUGAUUUUAUGCGAAAACUUGUUGAAAACGGCGCAAAGAAUCAUCCUGGCGCAAAUUUUGUUAUACAAAGCAAUACGAAAAUUAAGAAGUUUCUCAAGUAUGGAAAUAGAAGCAUGAUUGCCAAGGACCUUCGGUAUGGGGACAUAGUUGAACGCCAUAUGAUUGAUGGGGAUAUCGUUCUCUUCAACAGGCAGCCCUCGCUUCAUAAAUUGAGCAUUAUGAGUCAUUUUGCGGUAGUAAAACCUCAUCGUACAUUUCGUUUCAACGAAUGUGUUUGUACACCGUACAAUGCUGAUUUUGAUGGUGAUGAAAUGAAUUUACAUCUACCACAGACUGAAGAGGCAAAAGCAGAGGCUCUUACUUUGAUGGGAGUAAAAUCAAAUCUUGUCACACCUCGUAACGGCGAACCAUUGAUAGCUGCAAUACAGGAUUUCAUUACAGGAGCAUACCUUCUCACUCAAAAAGAAGUCUUUAUGGAUCGUGGUCACAUGACCCAAUUAUGUGCUGCCAUGUUGGCGGGUAAAGAUAGCAGUAUGAAAAUAAAUCUUCCUCCGCCUGCAAUUUUUAAGCCUGUAAAACUGUGGACCGGUAAACAAGUAUUCAGUGUUUUACUGAAGUCUCAUCGUGAGGCUAGCGUGAAAAUGAACUUGAGAGUAAAAGGAAAACAGUACAGUUCCCGAGAAGAUCUUUGUAAAAACGAUUCAUUUGUUGUAAUUCACAACAGUGAACUGAUGUGUGGAGCAUUGGAUAAGGCUGUAUUGGGUUCUGGCUCGAAGAACAAUGUCUUUUAUAUCUUACUUCGUGACUUUGGCCAGCAGUUCGCCGCUGAUGCGAUGUGGAAAGUUGCUCGUGUUUGUCCAUUUUUCUUGUCAAAUCGUGGUUUUUCCAUCGGAAUUGGUGAUGUAACACCUGGUCAAGGUUUGCUCAAAGCUAAGGAUGAUUUGUUGAAUCAUGGCUACAGCAAAUGUGACGAGUUCAUUGAGGAUUUUAAGGAGGGAAGAUUGCAAACACAACCAGGCUGCUCCGAAGAAGAAACCCUAGAGGCUGUUAUUUUACGUGAACUUUCUGUCAUACGUGAUCACGCCGGUAAAGCAUGUUUACGGGAACUGCAUAAGUCAAAUAGCCCUCUCACAAUGGCUGUUUGUGGAUCAAAAGGAUCCUUCAUUAACAUUUCUCAAAUGAUUGCUUGUGUGGGUCAACAAGCUCUCUCAGGAAAACGAACACCGAAUGGUUUUGAGAAUCGAUCGCUACCUCACUUUCGAAAAUUUGCCAAGUUUCCUGGGGCAAAAGGAUUUGUAAAGAACAGUUUUUUCUCAGGUCUUACACCAACUGAAUUUUUCUUUCACACUAUGGCUGGUAGAGAAGGUCUGGUUGAUACUGCAGUGAAAACAGCUGAGACGGGCUACAUGCAACGACGACUUGUAAAGUCAUUGGAGGAUUUGUCCAUCCAGUAUGAUAUGACGGUCAGAAACUCUGUCGGUGAUAUAGUUCAGUUUGUGUACGGUGGGGAUAGUCUUGACCCCGCCUCUAUGGAGGGCAAAGAUAAACCCGUGGAUUUUGACCGCAUAUUGGCUCAUGUACAGUCAUUUCUUCCCGAUCACCAUUCCUGUGUCCUGUCUUCUGAAGAGAUUCAAGAAAACACUUCGUUCAUUCUUAACGAGGAGAAAUUCAACGUUUGUAGUGAUGAAUUCAAGAAUAGUUUGAGGAAAUUCACUGACAAACUUAGUGAUAACGUGGCUCGUCUUCAUCGUCAAUUCGGGGUUCAAUUUGUGAAAGAAAAGAUGAGUCUAAAUGAAAGACAAAAGAACUUGGGUUUAGCUGUCGAAUGGGUGUCUCGUUGUACUGCUUUACAACUUCAAAAAUUUUUUGAUAUUUGUCAUGAGAAAUUCAUGAAAGCGAAGAUAGAACCAGGAACAGCCGUGGGUGCCCUGUGUGCGCAGAGUAUAGGAGAGCCUGGUACACAGAUGACCCUCAAAACUUUUCAUUUUGCUGGUGUUGCGUCCAUGAAUAUCACUCUUGGUGUGCCUCGUAUUAAGGAAAUUAUUAACGCAUCACGAAGCAUCAGCACUCCCAUUAUAUCAGCUGGUCUUGUCGACAAUUCCGAUCCUGAUGCCGCUCGUGUUGUUAAAGGAAGACUGGAAUUGACUACUUUGGGGGAGGUCACUGAAUAUAUCGAAGAAGUUUUCGCUCCAGAUAGUUGUCUUUUGCUCAUAAAGUUGGCUCUUAAACGCAUUCGAUUGUUGAAGCUUGAGGUCAAUGCUGAAACGAUUGCGUUUUCAAUCUCUACCGAACGAAAACUAAAAAUAAAACGACAGGAUAUACAUAUCUUAAAUGCGUCGAUAUUGUGUGUGUAUCCUCAAGAAAAUAACAAAAGUUCGUUACAUUUUGUCAUGCAAACUCUAAAGAAGGCGCUUCCAAAUGUUGUAAUCAAGGGAAUGAAAGGUGUAUCUCGCGCUAUUAUUCAUAUUGAUGAAGAACACUCGAAGUCUGGGAACGACAGGUAUAAACUCUUAGUCGAAGGAAAUGACUUGCGUGGUGUCAUGGCAACAGUUGGAGUGAAAGGCACAUCCACUACUUCAAAUAAUACUAUUGAAGUAGAGCGAGUUCUUGGUAUCGAAGCUGCUAGAUUGACUAUUAUUAACGAAAUUGUGUACACAAUGACGAAUCACGGUAUGAGUAUCGAUGCAAGACAUGUGAUGUUGUUAGCUGAUUUAAUGUCUUUUAAGGGAGAGAUACUUGGUAUAACAAGAUUUGGUUUGGCUAAAAUGAAGGAAAGCGUGCUAAUGUUGGCCUCGUUUGAAAAGACUGCUGACCACUUGUUUGAUGCCUCUUUUCACGCUCGCAAAGACUCCAUAGACGGUGUUAGUGAAUGCAUCAUUAUGGGCAUCCCAAUGGCAAUUGGGACGGGGAUGUUUUCAAUUUUGAACAAAUCGAACAUCGAAUCCUUGCCUCCACCAAGACAGUUGUUGUUUGAUAACCCAGAGUUUCAUGUACCACAGGCUGGGACCUUGUGAUCCUUUCAGUUCUGGUGUAUCGUUGUAUUGAAAGAUUUUUGUGAUGGCACGAUUCAUUUAUUUAUGUUCUCAAACGAGAUUAAAAACGUAAGUUGAAAAAAUUUAAAAACUCAUGUACUGCCUUUCUAAAGACUUUAUGAUGUGAAGAGCAGACCUGUUAUGGGGAAAAAUUAUGCGUGUUGCCUCAUCUGAAUCAGUGAAACGGUAUUUGAUGCGCUGAUACUAAUAAAAUUACAUACGACGACGUACACGAUCCUAGUCAACGAGAUAGUUAGUGUGUGUACAUGUAAAAAUAAUGCUUAUUUUAUGUCUUUUUUAUAUAUUGAGUGGGUUCUUUCAACUGAUUUGUUUAAUUGACUAACUCUCCAUCACACCCAAUUAACGUUUGUUUAAAAUGACAUUAGAAACUUUAAUUUACAAUUUAGACAGUUCUUUUGUUAGCUAUUAAUAACAUAUUGAACUGUCUUUAUUUGACGCAUGAACGGCUUUUCUUUUUUGAUCAUUUUGAAAGAAUCAACGCGUUAGAUCCCUUGGUAAACAUUGCGAAAAUUACUUUAAGUUAUGUAACUAUUGAUUUGAGUGGAAUUUUAUGUCGAUUAUGAGAGUUUCAAGUCGACGAGUACCAUGAGUAUUGAAUAAAAAUUGUUAAGUAAAAA